AUGGUCAAGUUCGCCCACGAGUACUCGUUCGAGGGCCGCAAUGCCCUCUCCCACACGGGGCCGCCGCUCGCGCCGAAGCUGUGGCACUGCGCCAGAGUCGAGAGCGGCGGCAUGCUGUACGUCGUCGCGAUGGACUUCGUUGCGCACCGCCCUCGUCGGCUGUCUCGUGCCGACUGCGCGAGUUUCGACAAGGCAGUUCAGGUGCUCCACAACAGGAACCUUGUGUUCGGGGGCCUGCGCAAGUCGAACGUACUGUUGCGUCCCAACGGUGGAUUGAUGCUAAUCGACUUUGACUGGUGCGGCACGGUUGGCGAGGCGCGGUACCCAUACGACAUUCAAGUGAUUCAACUGAUCAAUAAUAAUAUGCCGUGGCACUGGGGUGUGCAGCCCGGAGGCUUAAUCACCAAGGAACACGAUGAAUUUCUCCUCGAGGGGCUUAUCCAGGAGUCUGAGCAUUCAUAG